AUGAAUAGACAAUACAACAACAACAACUACCAAUCACGAGAUAACCUAGUGACAUGUGCAUUCUAUAACAAGAUAGGAGCAUGUAGGCAUGGAGAGAAAUGUUCCAAGAAGCACAUAAAACCAACCACAUCGCGAACCCUCCUCCUUUCCAACCUCUAUCAAAACCCCAAACUUAAAACCGCCACCACCGACGACGCUGAAGAUGAGCUCACACCUAAACAGAUCCAAGAGAUAUUCGACCAGUUUUAUCGAGAUAUAUUUGUUCAUUUCGCUACUACCGGUGAGAUUUCCCAGUUGGUGGUUUGCGAAAACGAGAAUAAUCAUCUUAAUGGGAAUGUCUACGUGCGAUACAAGUCAGAAACAGAUGCGAGUGAGAGUAUGAAACAGUUGAACAGUGAGUGGUUCAAUGGAAGGCCUGUACAUUGUGAAUUGUCACCCGUGGACAGUUUUUCCGAAGCCAACUGCAGAGCAUAUGAAACGGAUGUUUGUUCGAGAGGAGAACAUUGUAACUAUAUGCAUGUACGGAAACCCACGAAAAAGUUGGCUGAUGAUUUGUUUAAAGCUCAGGAAAAGACAAGGUUGUUGAAACGAAUGCAGGAGUUGAUUCCCAAGAUUAAGCCCGAGAAGGAAGAACACAAGAACGAGGUGGCUUCAUUGCUUAGUAAUCCAAUAGCUCAACACGCUGUUGCUGAGUAUCAAGAGAAGGAGCCACUAGAACUGACCACUACUUCUGUUGUUCUGCAAUUGUUUGACUAA